GCUGCAUCUGGAUUUGACUUUUUCCUUUCCAACUUUACUCUCAGAGGGUCAAAGCCUUUAUUUUUUGUAAUCAUUUUUUUCCCCAGUUUGAUCUCGUUGGUGUAUCUUUGCCGUGCGCGCUGUCCGGGCGCCUCUCCAAAAACCCUCCAGAACCAGUUUGGACAGAAAUGAGUAGUCCCGAUGCGGGUUACGCCAGUGACGAUCAGACCCAGGCAAGGUGCGCGAUGUCAGUCAUGAUGCCUGGAAUGGGACACUGCCAGUGGGCCGACCCGCUCAGUCCUCUCGGGGACAGCAAGGUGAAAAAUGAAACGUGCGCGUCCGGCGGAGGCUCCGGCGGUCAGGGACGCGGUAAGAGCGAGCCGCGGAUCCGGCGGCCGAUGAACGCCUUCAUGGUCUGGGCCAAGGAUGAGCGCAAGAGGCUGGCGCAGCAGAACCCGGACCUGCACAACGCGGAGCUCAGCAAAAUGUUAGGGAAAUCCUGGAAAGCUCUUCCUAUUACAGAAAAGCAGCCCUUUGUGGAGGAGGCUGAGCGGCUGCGGGUCCAGCACAUGCAGGACCAUCCCAACUACAAGUACAGGCCCAGACGACGGAAGCAGGUAAAGAGGAUCAAGAGGCUGGACUCAGGAUUUCUGGUCCACGGUGUGCCUGAUCACCAGGCCCAAUCGAUGCCCAGGGACGGCAGGGUAUGCAUGGAUACCCUUGGCCUGGGUUACCAUGAGCAUGGCUUCCAGGUUCCUCCGCAGCCCCUGAGCCACUACAGGGACACUCAGGUGCUUGGGGGCCCCUCUUACGAACCUUACAGCCUCCCCACGCCUGAUACGUCACCUCUGGACGCCGUAGAGUCAGACUCCAUGUUCUUCCCCCAACAUUCUCAGGAGGAUUGUCACAUGAUGCCGGCAUACCCUUACCACUCUCAGGUGGCUGACUUUCAACCUCAUGAACCCCUCUCCAGCCACCAGAGCAGCCCAGCCAUCCUGCACCGCCACCCAGGCUCAGCUUCAGAGCAGCCCCCUCCCGCCUACAUGAGCUGCCCAAACCCUUUGGCCAUGUACUACACCCAGCACUGCAGCCCCAGUCAGCCUAAAAGGCACCCUGGCGGGGCAGGACAGCUCUCCCCACCCCCUGAUUCCCACUCUCAUUCAGCGGACAGCAUGGAUCAGAUGCACCACUCGGACCUGCUGGCUGAGGUAGACCGCAGUGAGUUUGAGCAGUACCUGAGCUCUUCAGCGGCCCGCACGGACAUGACGGGCAUGCCGUACGGGCCGCAUGAGACCGGCAUGCAGGGACCCGAGAGCCUCAUUUCCUCUGUGCUAUCAGACGCCAGCACGGCCGUGUAUUACUGCAGCUACAACAGCUCCUAACCUUCUCUUGCUGCAAAGGACACACAACCUGAUCUUAGAACUUUACAGAAAAAAUAAAUAGAAAUAUUGUAUUUUUUAUUUUUUACUCCUGGCACAAUGAAGCUCCUAGAAUUUUGUACUGUAUUUGCAUAAAAAAAACUGUUUAAAAGCCAUGAAAUAUUUUAAUCUUAACACUGGUUUCAACAUUUCUCUUGUUCUCUUGCAGGGAUAAUUUGUUUAUAAAUAUUGUACAGUCACUAUUUUUAAAUGUAUGUAUAUACUGAGUUGUUUUUUUUAU